AUGAAUAGUUUCACCGCCGAAGAUCUGUCCACAAUCGGAGGUAUCGCAACCGUAUCGAUUCUCCAUUCGUUCAUUCCAACACACUGGCUUCCGUUUUCCAUCGUGGGUCGUGCUCAGAAAUGGACCCUUUCUAGAACCCUCCUUGUUACUGCAUUUGGAGCAAUUUUGCAUGUAAUAUCCACUUCACUGCUUGGUAUAACAGCAAUUACCAUGGCAAACACCAUUGCCGGCGAAGAAACAGUGCAUAAGCUUGCUUCACUUUUGCUCGUAUUUCUCGGUGGUAUGUAUAUUGUGCUGUUUCUUAUGGGGAAAGGCGGCCAUAGUCAUUCUCACAACCAACCCAUGGAGAAAAUGGCAGUAGCUGGCCUUAUUCUUGUUCCUGCACUAUCUCCUUGUGCUACAACACUUCCGGUAUUUCUUGCUGUUGGAAAUUCAUCCUCCAUGAUGGUGCUUGCCAUCAUAGUUCUUCUAUUCAGCACAAUCUCUGUGAUGACUUCACUAGUAGCAUUAUCAUUUUAUGGAGCCAGUCAGCUGAAGUUUCAUUGGGUGGAGCGGUACGACAAACUUCUUGUUGGUUCAGUACUGUGUUUAGUUGGAUUGUUGACCCUAUUUUUUCAUGAUCAUGAUCAUGAUCAUCAUAUUCAUGGAGAAGUAGCUUCAGCUGGAGAGCACUUGCAUAGAAAGAUGUUUUCCUUAUGA